AUGGAGGGAGCAGCAGCACUGGUGUACCGCGCUGCAAAGGUCCCGACUCGGCGGAUCAAGGCUAAGCAGGCCAACUACUUUUUGGCGAUUCGACUUGACGACCAGCUCGUCCAGCAGCGCCUGAAGCAAUUCAACGACCAUGUCCAAGCGACCGCUCCCAAAUGGCGCAAGUACCUGAUCCGCCCAGCACAAGUGCACCUGACUAUUUGCGCCAUGCAUCUCAGAGACGAGAAUGCAGUCAACCACGCAAGCAAGCUACUGUCUGAAUCCAACGAUCUUUUGUCAAAAUACCUGGUCUCCGCCGACAAGCCAACAGUGACCAUAAAGGGUGUGGGGUUCCUCGACAGCGGCCGCGUGGUCCAUGCAAAUGUACAGCCGAUGUCGCCCGAGUUCAUGGCUCUGGUGAAGGAGCUGCGGCUGAGAUUCUGGUCCCAUGGAUACUCGGAGUGCGCGCUGCCCCCGAGUGUUCCGUUUUUUGAAGACGGCCUGAUUUCUGAUGGUUCGGAGAAGUCAGUCACUGGUGGCAGGAUGGGGCCGUGGUCUCCGCACGCGACACUGAUGAAGAUGAGGGGAGACAAUCUGCUGCGGUUGAAGCGCCAAGCGACAGCAUCGCUAAAGUCUGCAACCAAAAACCAGGGCACCAAGGCGGCGCCCAGUCACGCAAAGGCAGAUAGCGACGCGGAUGAGGAGACGAAGAAGGUCACGCUCAAUGACUUUUUCGGUAUACCGCAUGCCUUGCAUGAGCCAUUUAGAGAAUUUGAGCUUGGCACGCAGGUCAUCGCUCGCAUCGAGCUUCUGUCGAUGCUCCUGCCAAAGGACAAGAACACAGACUACUACAAAAAGGUCGGACAGCUGGAAAUAUAA